AUGGCUUCUACUUCUGUGCAUGAACCACUUGUAAUAUCAAGAAAAGAUAUUACUAUGCCAACUACUAUGACUACAACAUUUUGUCAUAGUAAUAUUAGUAGAAAUACUACUAAUAGAUUGGCUUCCAUGUGGAGAGAAAUUCAAGGGUCAAAAAAUUGGGAAAAUUUAGUAAAUCCAUUGGAUAAUCUUCUACAAAAUGAGAUUAUUAGGUAUGGAGAGUUUGUAGCUGCAUGUUACAAUGCUUUUGAUCUUGAUCCAAAUUCAAAAAGAUACUUGAAUUGCAAGUAUGGAAAAAAUAGUAUGUUGAAUGAAGUUGGCUUGGGAAACUCAGGCUAUAAUGUAACAAAGUACAUUUAUGCUACUACAAAUAUCAAUGUUUUGUCAAUUGGUCAAAAUUGCUCGUCUAGUGGAAAAUGGAUUGGUUAUGUUGCAGUUUCAAAUAAUGUAGAAUCUACGAGACUGGGCAGGAGAGAUGUGCUCAUCACGUUUCGUGGAACGGUCACUAAUCCUGAAUGGAUAGCGAAUUUGAUGAGCACAUUAACUCCUGCCCAUCUUGAUCCGAAUAAUCUCAGGCCUGAUGUUAAGGUUGAAGCUGGAUUUUUGAGUUUGUACACCUCGAACGAGGAUGAAAAGUUUGGUCUUGGAAGUUGUCGCGAACAAUUACUUUCUGAGAUAGGGAGAGUAAUAAAUAUGUAUAAAGGCGAAGAAAUGAGCAUAACAAUUGCAGGACAUAGUAUGGGAAGUGCAUUAGCCCUUUUAUUAGCUUAUGAUAUCGCGGAGUUGGGAUUGAACACGACAAUUGUGCCUGAAUCCCAAGUAAGUCAGAAUCAACUAUACGAAUCCUCAAUAACAGUAUCAGAAAUAAAUAACAGCAUACCGGUCACAGUUUUUUCCUUUGGAGGUCCUAGGGUUGGAAAUCUUGGCUUCAAAGAGAGAUGUGAAGAGUUAGGUAUAAAAGUAUUGAGAAUAGUGAAUGUGAAUGAUCCCAUCACAAAACUUCCUGGGGUUUUUUUGAAUGAGAAUUUUAGGGUUUUAUUGGGUGGGAAAUAUGAGGUUCCUUGGAGUUGUUCUUGUUAUGCCCAUGUUGGAGUUGAAAUCUUGCUAGAUUUCUUCAACAUGCAAAACCCUACUUGUGUACAUGACUUAGCAACUUAUCUCAAUUUGCUCAGAAUUCCUAAGAGUAAUUUGCAAGUUCAAAGAGAAGAAGGCAUUGAUUUCUUCAAUAGAACAAAGGAGUUUUUCCUUUGGGGGCUCAAUAUUUCAAUGCUUUACAAUGGAGAAAUAAUGCUCCCAUCCAUAUGGUGA